AAAAUUCAGGAAAUUAUUCUAAUUAAUGCGCGAAAAAUGAGGAGUUUCAUGACAGUCAGCAAGCAUUUCAGAAGAAUAUUAGAUACUUCUUUAAGGAAAUGUUAUUCAGGAAAUUCUGAGCAUGCUGAGUUAUCAAGAAUAAGAAACAUUGGUAUAUCUGCACAUAUAGACUCUGGUAAGACAACUCUUACGGAAAGAGUGUUGUUUUACACUGGAAGGAUUUCAAGUAUGCACGAAGUUAGAGGUAAGGACCAAGUUGGUGCUACUAUGGAUUUUAUGGAACUUGAAAGACAGAGAGGCAUUACAAUUCAAUCAGCUGCUACAUAUGCAUCAUGGAAGGAUAAUGUUAUUAACAUAAUUGAUACACCAGGACAUAUUGACUUCACUAUAGAGGUUGAGAGAUCACUGAGAGUGUUGGAUGGAGCAAUUUUAGUCCUGUGUGCAGUAAGAGGAGUUCAAAGUCAAACAUUCACUGUCAACAGACAAAUGAACAGAUACAAGGUCCCUCGGAUUGCAUUUGUAAAUAAAUUGGACAGAACUGGAGCAGAUCCUGAAAGAGUGCUCUCACAACUGAGGAGUAAAUUACAUUACAAUGCUGCACUGCUGCACUUACCCAUUGGACUAGAGUCUGAGAAUAAAGGAAUAAUUGAUAUCAUUGAUAACAAGGCAUUAUACUUUAAAGGAGAUUUUGGUGAAGAAGUAAUUGAGAGUGACGUACCUUCUGAUAUGGCGUCUCUUGUUGAAAUGAGAAGGGAUGAGUUGAUAGAUGCUGUUGCUAAUGUUGAUGAGAAAUUAUGUGACAUAUAUUUAUCAGAUCAAACCCCAUCUCCCCCUGAACUACGAUCAGCUAUUCGUCGUGCUGUCAUUUCUCGGACUUUUAUUCCAGUACUGAUGGGCAGUGCUCUCAAGAAUAAAGGGAUUCAGCCAUUGCUGGAUGCUGUAGUACAUUAUUUGCCAAAUCCUUCUGAAGUUGUGAACUAUGCCAUUGAUAGUAGUUCUAGUGAUGAUUCAACUGUUGUCAUGAAUCCAUCUCGAGAUAAUAAGCUCCCAUUUGUUGGAUUGGCAUUCAAACUAGAGGCUGGGAAAUUUGGCCAGUUAACUUAUAUACGUGUGUAUCAAGGCUUUAUUAAGAGAGGUGACUGGAUGACUAAUACCAGAACAAAGAAAAAAGUGCGGAUAUCACGUCUUGCAAGAAUGCAUUCAGAUGAAAUGGAGGAUAUAAAUGAAGCAAUGGCUGGGGAUAUUUGUGCAUUCUUUGGUGUCGAGUGUGCUUCAGGAGAUACCUUUACUGCUGUCUCUUCACCACCUUAUACAAUGGAAUCUAUCCAUGUCCCUGAUCCUGUAAUUUCACUUUCUAUUAAGCCACAAAAUAAGUGGGAUUUAGAAAAGUUUAGCAAAGGACUUGCUAGGUUUCAAAAGGAAGAUCCGACUUUUAGAAUUCACUUUGAAAAGGAAAGCAAAGAGACUAUCAUGUCAGGAAUGGGAGAACUUCACUUGGAAAUUUAUACUGAGAGAAUGCGAACUGAAUAUGAUUGUCCCUGUAUAACUGGAAAGCCUAAAGUGGCUUUUCGUGAAUAUAUUACUACCCCAGUUAGUUUUGAUUAUCAGCACAAGAAGCAGACCGGAGGAGCUGGACAGUAUGGUCGUAUUAUUGGACAGUUAAUUCCUCUAACUGGUGACGAAUUGACUGAUCUUCAGUUUGAAGAUGUUACAAUUGGAAUGAAUAUACCCAAGCAUUUUGUCCCAGCAAUUGAGAAAGGAUUUUUAGAAAUUUGUGAUGAAGGGUUUAUAACUGGUCAUAAAGCUGUUGGUAUGCUGAUGAGAUUAGAGGAUGGUGCCUCUCAUUCUGUUGAUUCAAGUGAGCUAGCCUUCAGACUGGCAGCAAGAGGAGCAGUCAGAACAGCCUUUCUUCAAGGUAAUCCAGUUAUUCUAGAGCCCAUAAUGACAGUUGAAGUGGUAGCACCACAAGAGUAUGAGCGAGCUGUAAUGAGUGGCCUUUCUAAACGUGGAGCAGUUAUUACUGGUACUGAAGCUAGUGAGGACUAUUUCACCUUGUUCACUAGAGUUCCAUUAAACAACAUGUUUGGCUAUGCAAGUGAAUUAAGGGCAAAGACACAGGGUAAAGGAGAGUUUUCAAUGGAAUAUUGUAAAUAUGAUGUUGCUCCUGCUUUCGUACAAGCUGAACUGGUAAAACAAUAUCAAGAUGAACUACAAGCGAAAUCAAAACACUAACUUGUACUUUAUAUGAUAUUAUUAUUUAUCAUUGUUUUGUUAGCAUGUGUGUAGUAUUUAUGUCAACAAAAGAGUAGUCUUAAA